UCUGGCUGGCGGUCAGCUGACAGAGCGGACCCGUUUGUGAUGUUUACUUUCUUUGUUUAGUGCGUGUACCUGCGUUUUUCUUUGAAUGAAUGCAGCGCUAUGCUUCGCCACGGAGAACCAUGGUAGUCGUGAACUCGGUGCUGAAGCUCGUGCAGAGGCAGACGUACACCUGUCUGUCCCACCGAUACGGGCUAUACCUCUGCUUUGGGGGGAUCGUCCUCAUGAUAGUUUCCGCCUUUCAGUUUGGAGAGGUGGUGGUAGAGUGGAGUCGAGACCAGUAUCAUGUGCUGUUUGACUCCUACAGAGACAAUGUGGGUGGAAAAUCCUUCCAAAGCAGGCUCUGUCUGCCCAUGCCUAUUGAUGUAGUGUACACGUGGGUGAAUGGCACAGACAUGGCUCUGCUGAAGGAACUGAAGGUGGUCAAAGAGCAACUGGAGGAGGAACAAAGAGCUCUGAGGGAACGCCUGGGGAAAAAUGCAAGUGAGACAACUGAAGCGCCAAAAGACAGUGUUAAGCCAGAAUGCCUGCUGUCCCACUGCAUCAUAGCGCCCAUGCUGGCGCUGGACCCCGCUCUGCCAGCCAACGUUACACUCAAAGAGCUGCCGUCACUCUCUCCCUCGCUCUCUGCUGCCAAAGAGCUGCUGCUGAUGAACAAACCCUUCCACCCGUCCACCACCGCCUCUGUGGUCGUCUUCCAUUCGCAGGCUGACGCUGAUAAAGCCUAUACCGAUGUGUCCAAAGAAGAUCAGAAAUUCUCUGUGUCCAGAUGUUACCUGACGACAGAUAAAGAGGCUCCAGGCCUGAUCCGCAUGCAGGCUCUGGCCUACCUGAGCGGCUUCCCAGCAUCCUUCAAGGAGACGGAGCCGCUGAGAGUCAAACUGCCCUCUGUCAUAACCAACAAGAUCAAACAGUUUGAGUUGUACUCUGAGGCGAGCAUCGCCCUGCUCCACCUGAAGACCCCACAGGACUUCUCCGAUCUGACGCAGCAGGCUAAAAAGAACCUGACCCUGGAUGGGAAAGAGUUAACCAUCAGCCCCGCCUACUUGUUCUGGGACCUCACCGCUAUCUCACAGUCCAAACAGGAUGAAGAUGUUUCAGCCAGCAGAUUCGAGGACAACGAGGAGCUCCGCUAUUCGCUGCGCUCGGUGGAGAGACACGCCCCCUGGGUGCGUCACAUCUUCAUCGUCACUAACGGGCAGAUUCCCUCCUGGCUCAACCUGGAUAACCCCAGAGUUACUGUUGUCACACAUCAGGAUGUCUUCCUGAACAACAGCCACCUUCCCACCUUCAGCUCCCCCGCCAUAGAGACACACAUCCACCGCAUCCCAGGGCUCUCCCAGAAGUUUAUUUACCUCAACGAUGACGUGAUGUUUGGCAAGGACGUCUGGCCGGACGACUUCUACAGCCACUCCAAAGGACAGAAGGUGUAUCUCACCUGGCCUGUUCCCAACUGUGCUGAGGGCUGCCCAGGAUCCUGGAUCAAAGAUGGGUACUGUGACAAAGCCUGCAACAACUCUGCGUGUGACUGGGAUGGAGGAGACUGCUCCGGUGCAGCUGGGAAUAGUCGCUUCGGUGCAGGGGUCGGUGUUGGCGUGCCCGGUGGAGCUGGUGGACAGGUGUGGCAGUUUGCAGGUGGUAUGGGAGGCCUUGGGGGGACGUCCUACUGUAACCAAGGCUGUGCCAACUCUUGGCUGGCGGACAAGUUCUGUGACCAAGCCUGCAAUGUGCUUUCAUGUGGCUUUGAUGUGGGCGACUGUGGCCAAGAGCACUUUGGCGAGCUGCACCGUGUGACCCUGCGGAGGAACCAGAGCCUCUACACCCUCCCAGUGGGCGAGGUCAGGCCAUAUUUCAGCUUUAAUGGACUCGCUCGCAGAGUCUCUGAGGCCCACGUCAGCGACAGCCCCGUGGUCCGCCACACCUCCGUCGCCAACAAAUGGAAGACCGUUCACUUGCUUCUUUAUCCCGGCCACAACGCCAGCCAGAUCCAGUACAACCUCACGUUCCAAAGAGAAGACGACACGGAGUUCACGAUGACCUUCGGCGUAGCUGUCGACACCCGCGAGGUUCCUCAGGCGAACGUGUCCAAGACUGCGAGCAAAGACGCCGGCAAAGAGGCGAAGCCGACACCAACUCCUGAGCCAGUGUUCCCUUUCUCAGAUAUUCCUGAGGACAAACGGGGUCCUAAGAUCCAGAGGAGGCGGCCUGGCGAACCCCACGUUGUCAUAGAGGUUCCUUCACUCAAUGUGUCACUUUUACCGGCUGUUGUCCGCACCGAGCUGCAAAAGCUGGAGGAGAAGCUUCUGACCGGUGACAUUACUGUGAAGGGUUAUAACCUCACGAAGGCUGAACUUCUUAAGCCUUACAAGACGCUGGCUGAACAGCAGCAGGUCAUCCAUUCACAGGCAGCUAAUGAGGGUGCAGCCAAGGUCCAGGCAAAGCCCUAUAAAGACUUGGAGGGAGAGUUAGAACCACCUCUGGAAGAGAAAGCUGGAAAUGUUAUUCAGAAAAAUCUAAACUCAAAACAAGAGAAGUCCAGGAAAAUCGUGACGGUGCAAGGCCCCCCGGUCAUGCCUCUCAUCCCCGUCCAUAUUGAUGAUAAGCAUAAGGUAGAGUUUGUAAAACCCACAUCUCAUCCUCUGAAUGCUGCCAUUGAGAGGCCAAUGACGUCCAAACUGCUGAGCAGCAUUUCCAAAAUCAGAAGCACUGAGAGUCACGAUGAGCCGGCCAACGCUGCGGGAGGAGCUCCAGUCGGGAGGAGACUCCAGCACUUCACCUCCUCAGACCGAGGCUUUCUGCCAUGGGAGAGGAGGAAGUACUUUCAGGCGCUCCUCGAGGAAGAGGAACGUCUGCAGAAAGAGCUGCUGUAUGCGACUGGCGGCGGCGCCACUGGUCGAAGGCUGCAGGACACUUUUGCCGACUCCCUCCGUUACGUCAACAAGCUGCUCAACGGCCAGUUUGGCUUCACGUCCCGCAAAGUCCCCGCACACAUGCCUCACAUGAUCGACCGACUCAUCAUGCAGGAGCUGCAGGACACAUUCCCGGAGGAGUUCGACAAGACGUCAGGCCACCGCGUGCGUCACUCAGAAGACAUGCAGUUCGCCUUUUCGUACUUCUACUUCCUGAUGAGCGCUCAGCAGCAGCUCAACGUCUCUGAGGUGUUUGACGAGAUCGACACCGAUCAUUCGGGCAUCCUGUCCGACCGAGAGAUUCGAACACUCGCCACCAGGAUCCACGAGCUCCCUCUCAGCCUCCAGGAUCUGACAGGCCUGGAGCAGAUGUUGAUAAACUGCUCCAAGACUCUCCCGACGAACCUGACCCAGCUCCACCUGGUGAACCCCACUCAGGAGACCUACUAUGACCCCAGCAUGCCUCCUGUUACAAAAGGCCUCGUCCUUUACUGCAAGCCCAUCACCGAGCGCAUCCACAAAGCCUUCAGAGACCAGAACAAGUACAAGUUCGAGAUCAUGGGAGAGGAGGAGAUAGCUUUCAAGAUGGUGCGAACCAAUGUGUCGCACGUGGUCGGACAGUUGGACGACAUAAGGAAGAAUCCGAGGAAGUUCAUCUGUCUGAACGAUAACAUCGACCACACCCACAAGGACGCUGCCACAGUCAAAGCCGUGCUCAGAGACUUCUAUGAGUCCAUGUUCCCGCUGCCGUCCCAGUUCGAGCUGCCCAGAGAGUAUCGCAACAGGUUCCUGCACAUGGAGGAGCUCCAGGAAUGGCGGGUGUAUCGGGACAAGCUGAAGUUCUGGACUCACUGUGUCCUCGUGACACUCGUCAUCUUCACCGUCAUGUCCUUCUUUGCCGAGCAGCUGAUUCUGCUGAAGCGAAAGCUGUUCCCCAGACGCAGAGUGAACAGGGACACCAACCCUGAGCGGGUGUGAAAGAGGACGACUUCCCUCUCCUCUCCUUCCUAUGCUUCAACCUCCACCCCUCCUCUCCUGCUCGGUAGAGAGGACAGGAGAGGAUCCAGACCGGGGGACUGGGUGGAAAUGGGAAUCUGAAGUCCUCAGUGCUUGUGGUUGCAUCAGCGCGGACGGAUCAUAGAGACUCACGAGAGACGGCGGUGAAACAUUUUUCAGAUGAUGAUGGAUGGGGCUGGCCGGUGAAGGGAAUAACAGCCAAAAAGAAGAAGCCUGCACAUCUUCUUUUCCGCCACUGGGGGCAUCCGAGACUUUUCAUACAACACACAAACGAACAUAAAACACUCCCUCCACACUGCAGCACCCUCCUCUUGCCCUGUCCUCUCUGUCAUUGAUUGAUGUGGUGUUGAGGUGUGAAAACACUUGAUAGCAGCAGUUCGGGACUGCGUGUGUGUGUGUGUGUGUGUCAAAAGUUUUACCAUAUAAUUCACAAACUAUUGUGUUUGGAGCUGGUGCUUGAAACUAAAAGUCAAAUAAUUGAUUGACAGAAGGAAAAAAAAAAAAAAAAAUUAACUAUUUCAAAAACGCAUUAAUCGUUUUUGUCACUUUUCAAGUAAAAAUGCCAAACAUCUGUUUGUGUCUGUUGCGUUUGGCUUUUACCCCUGUGGCUUCCUUUUAAAGACAUAGAGCCAGGAGUGCAUAUAGGAUGAAUAGGAAUAAUCCAUUUAAGUGUUGGUGAUUGUCUUCGUCCUUUAUCUUUAAAUACAUGAAAACUUGAAGUGCCUUCGUUGUUCAUUCCUGCUUGUUUGAACUUUUUUUUUUUUUAAUGUCUUCUUAUAAAUGUUGGCCAAUGCACAUCACACCCUAAUUUAGCGAUUUCCAAUGAGAAUGAAUGGGCCAUAGGAUAAUAUAUCAUUCUUACCGUGGUACGAAUGCAGUCGAUUGUCGGAGCUACAUGUCAGUGAUACUACAGCUUUCAUAUCCGCCUGUAUGUGUGUCCCCGUGGGACUCGACAGGAUCGUUACUGUCUGAAAUUCAGACCCCCUCAGCAUGUUCUGUAACUUAUUUUGGUUGUAUUAUUGUAACAGUGAACCAAGUGAGUGAUGCACCUGAUUUGAAUGCUGAAGAAUGUAAACAUAAAGAUGCUCAUCACCUCUUCACACUCUUUUCCUCUGAAUGUCAGUUUUACAAACUUCUUUAUUACUAUAAUGUUAAACUAAUACGGAAGUGACUCCCAGAUGCUGUCGCUUUUUUGUCAGUCAUAUGAUGUUCAGGGUGAUGUAACCAGGCGAGACAAUGAGUAAUGAAUUAGGAAAUGGGAUUUCCUCAGUCUGCAUCAGUUCAAUGGUUCUGCUGACUGAAAUAAAUGUGAUUUGGUUCAGUCA